AUGACUCCACAUUUUAACACAUCCUCAUCAUCAGAAACAAAAUCACCGGCACAAGGAGUUGGUACAACCGAUGGCGUCCACUCUACCGAAGUUACCACACCACUUGCAGGACGGAAAGAUGCUAUGAACUCUUCGAGCAAUCCCCAGGCAGGUGGCUUCAUAGGACUAGGUAUAGGAUGUGUGCUGCUUGUGCUGGCAAUCCUCAUUGUAGUCGUCGUGUUGAGAAGGCAAAAGAAACUGUGCUUUAAGACAAAAAGUGGGAAUCAACCAAUACACUUCACUUCUGGCGCAGAAAACACCACCUAUGGAUUAGCCGUUCAGGCACAAACAGAAAAUGAAACAUAUUCAGUCAUAACACCUCCUGACAUAGAUAGAACAUCCACGUCAUCCACGUUUCCAACGGCGAUAGUCCGACCCAAUGCUCACAAUGACAACAACAUCAACACCUCUCAGAUUAAUGAUGAGGAUGAGUACAACGUGUUGUCAGAAUCCGACAACUCGAAGAAGGUUAUGCAACACGGGAAUCCCUACAAUCACCUCUCGGGACCUGACAGAGGUAACAAGUCCACAGGAGACUACGACACUGCAAACUGUGUUCCACAGACAGGAGAGGCGACCACUGGGCUGAAACACAUGGCCGCAGAUACACUACUCUCUGAUGUAGCGAGUGGUCAGAACUUAGAGGAGGGUCAGUACAAUGUGCUCGGUCAGCACGACUCUCCCAGAACAGCUGAUGCCGACGCGGGGGUGUACGACCACGUGGCAGCGGACGAGGGGGAUUAUGACACUGCACAGCAGUGUAAGAAUCCCAGCAAAGUGGAUGAUAUUUACCGUCACAUUCAGAGGACAAACACUGAAUGUGAAGAGGAUGCUUAUGAUGUUGCAAGUAAACGGCAACCGGAAGGAUGUUCUGAUGACACCUACGACCACGCCACUAAGGUCGAUGAGGAAGACAGAGACACGGCCGACUACUACAACACAAAGUGUCUUCUUCAAGACGAUGGAAAUCUUGAUGGACAUCCCGGAGGUGAUGAUCGGUCUGAUGAAAAUGAUCAAAAAAACGUUUACAGUCUUGCCAAGGACAUUUCUGAUGCCUAAGUAUUGAUAAAAUAGAGAAAUGUUAUUAUGUAGCACUUGUACACAAUUUAUACUCUUUACUAAACACCAGUUAGCUCUUAUUGAUUGGUGUAAUAGCUCCGUUUUGACAACCUAUUAUGUGCACAUAUGAAUCUGAUUCUUUAAGAUUUAUUUGUUCCUGGUGUGUUAUGAUAUUUGAUGGCAGCUUAUGUCUUGAUAACUGAGAAUAAUGCAUGAUUUGUUAUAUGAUUGGACAUCGAUAAGUGUUUUAUGAUUUUCCUCCUUGCAGGAAUAGCUUCUUUUUAUUUUCAUUAUAUAUAAUAUACUGUAAACUACGGUUAUAACGAACUCGAAGGGACCACUAAUUUUCGUUCGUAAUAAUUCGUUAUAAGCGUAUAUACAGCAUAUGUACAACAACCGGCAGAGACUAAACAAUAAGUUCGCUAUAUCGGCCAGUUCGUUAUAAGCGUGUUCGUUACAAACGUAGUUUACUGUAUUUCAUUUUUUUG